UUUUUGUAGACAAUAAUUGGCUGAUAUUUGCGUUGUGGCUUCUGUAAUGCAUUGGCUGUGGGGACUCCUGAUUACUAAAAAUAUCGGGACUACUUGGACUUGAUGACCAUAAGCCAUUUUUGCUGUGCAUUUGAAAGUGGAUGUCACACUUUGCUAGAUCAUUUCCAUUUUCUUCCAUCAACUAAGUGCAACAACUAGAUGGAGGACUGGGAGAUUAGGACAUGGAGAAAGAUUGUAGUAAUUCUAAUAUUGAAGAAGAGGAAGACGAAGAAGAAGGGAGAAGAAGAAUGGAGACGAGAGAGGAGCGGGGUGUUAGCUUACGAGGAGAGGCAGAGGAGGAAGAUGUUGAAAACCUUUCAAUCCCAAGGGGUGGACCCAUUUACGUUCCGAAUCUGGUGGGUCCCCUCUCAUCGGUUCCCCAUUUUAAGGCUUCUCUUCUCCAUCAACUUCAGAAUCUAGAAGCGGAACUAUGUUGUUCUAAUCCAUCUCAACAGUGUGAUGAAGAUAUUUCGGUCGAUGAGCUUAAAAUUUUGAGUGAAGAAGAAUUAGUGGAUAUGGCUAUGAAGGAAGCAUUUCAGCAGGACAAAGAGGACCUUGAAAAUCCUUUGCAACCUACCGAAGAGCUGUCUUCCGCUGCAGAGAGAUCAAGCAAUCCUCUUUCGGUAACCGAAUGUGCUAAUGGUAACAACUCAAGGAAGAGAAAGAAAGAUAACAACUCAAGGAAAGAAAAGAAAACAAAGGCAAACAGUUAUGCCGUUGAGAGUAGUUAUACUGCAAAGGUGGAGCAAUUUGUGAAAGUUAAACAAAAGCAGGAUGAAGACAAAGCAGCAGCAAGACUGCAUUCAUUCAAUGCUAGUUGCAAGAUCAAUGAAUGUGCCAUUACAUUAUCAGAAAGAACGGAAAGGAUGAAAUCUCUUCGGUUUACAAAUUCUGCAACAAAGGUGAAAUCAGCAAGCACUGGGGAACACAUUGCUGUGCAGUAUCCAGAUGUUGUUCUUUCUGUUGAGAUUUAUCAUAACUCACGGAAGUGGGUAAAGACUCAAGAAUUUUUGGUCCUAGGACGACAAAGCUUGACUGAACUGAGGGAUAAGAUCUAUUGUUUAACUGACCAGGUGAUGCAAAAGGCUGGGCAGUAUGAUCCUUCUGGAUAUUUUCUUGUAGAAGAUGUAUUCUGUAAUGAUUUGAGGGAUCCCUCUGCUAUAGAUUAUAGUGAACCUAUAUUUGAUUGGCUCAGAAACUCUAGGGGUGACGCUCUUAAAAAAUGGGAAUGCAUUAUAACAGGGGAAUUACCACAGAAGCAGAGAGCAAUUAUAGGUGAUGAUGUUACAUGCCUACAAUUGCCUCAGUUCAAAGCUGUUGACAUGCACAAGAUACGGUUUUGUGACUUGGGAUUUCGACUUGGUGCUGGAUAUCUCUACUGUCACCAGGGAGAUUGCAAGCAUACAAUCAUUAUAAGAGACAUGAGAUUAGUUCAUCCAGAGGACGUGCACAACCGAGCUGGUUAUCCAAUAGUCGUAUUUCAAUUAAAAUUUCGUGUGCAGAAAUGCGAUGUUUGUAAUAUAUAUAGAGCUGUAAAGGUGACGGUUGAUGACAAAUUGGCCCCGGCGAACCCGUGCUAUUUUUGUAAGGACUGUUAUUUUCUUCUUCACUAUGGAAAUGAUGAGUCUCUGCUGUAUAGUGACUUCUCAGUUUACGAUUAUCAACAUGAUUGAUGCUGAUUUUCAGCUGAAGGUCAACCUCUAUUUGUUGCAUUAUAAAAAGUAGUUAUGAUA